AUGGAGAAAUUGACGACGACGAAGAAGCCCGGCAUGCGCCAACGCACGAGGACGGCUUUACUGGCUCUCGCGUAUGCUCUCAGCGCCUACACUGGCAUCGUGCAAUUAUUGAAUCUUGUCGCCGGCACAUGGAUUACGCGCAACGCCGACGGAACCCAGCGGCUCGGUCUGUCGAGUCUGUCAAUCGUGAAGUUUGACGGGAUCGUGCCCUCUCCCUCCAAACCCGGCUCGUACCUCGUCACGAUGCACUUCUUUCUGUCGAGCUUUGGCUACGAAUACCACGCGGACUCGACGGCGGCCUUGGUCUCCUCCCAACCCGACCUGCCACGGCAUUUUAUCGAAAUCGGCGAAAAGCUCGGCGCGCCGUCGACCUCCUGGGAUUGCUUCCGCAGCACGGGGCAAUGCACCUCGCCCUUCUUCGACUCGUUCCGCUUCAGCAACUACGACAUGCCCCCGGCACUUCCGUAUUUUACACACUUGUACUCCAUCAUUUUCCUCAUUCUCCUGCUCACCAUCGAGGCUCUCAUCCAUCUUCGACCAAGUUCACUGCAGUGCCAGUGUUACUUCCCGUUCUUCAAGCGCGUGUGUCCCUGCCCGCGCGGCUCACGGGCCGAGAUCGAGGCCCUCCCGUCGACCUUCUGGGACCGGUAUCGCAUGUGGAUGUGGCCCAUGCUGCCGGUCGCCGUGUUCCUCCCGGCAUUCUGUCUGUUGCUGAACGGGAUGCUUCUGAGGAACUACGUCAACAGACCCAGCGCCGGCAAUGUGAACGCGCAAUUCGGGACGGGGUUCAUCGUGCUGCAGUCGACAUCGGUCGCAGCCGCGCUGAUGGCGGUUCUUUGCUUGUACGCGAGGCGGCUGCUGGGCCAAAGAUCGAGCUGGAUGGAGCAGCAGGGCGCCGUCGCCAUCGAAGCACUUCUGGCACAAGAAGCUCUCCGGGAGAAAGAGUACUCCGACGCCGAACCGGAAGCCCCCCUCUCCCCGGCCCCGUGA